AUGGUGCGCGGCUCCAUUUUGGACUAUCAUGAUAUUAAUUCAACUCACAAUAUUUACGCCACCGUUUAUGAUAUUGAUUUGCAGAUAUUUCAAGAAAGGAGUCGGGUGGUGAACGUGGCGAGUACUUUGGGUCACAUAUCUCUCCCAUUAUUCGCCUGGUAUUCAAUGUCCAAACACGCGGUCAUAGCCUUUGCGGACACAUUACGUCGGGAAAUGCGGUCAUUUGGUGUACGCGUGUCUAUCGUAGAGCCCGGAGGGCUUCACACUCCCGGUGCCAACGAGACACUCAUGUAUGACAAGAUGUGUCGCACGUGGAGUCAUACCAGCGAUGGCGUGAAAAACGCUUAUGGUCCAAAAAGUGAGCAUGAUUUUUUUUGGACCAUAAGCGUUUUUCACGCCAUCACUUGUGAGCAUGAUUUCAAAGCUAUAAUCGCAUCGAGUACGGCCAUGUUCAAACUUAGCGAGAACUUCGAUGUGGCCACAAACGAUAUGAUCGACGCCAUACACAACGCUGAGCCCCGCCUCGAUUAUUGCGAACCCGAAUGGAUGGAAGCGGAAGACCCGCUGUUCAUAUUGUAUACCAGUGGAAGUACGGGAAAACCAAAAGGCAUUGUCCACACAAUCGGUGGUUAUCUCCUCUACUUUUACAUAACAUUCAAAUAUGUAUUCAAUUAUACCGACGGAGACGUGUUUUUCUCGACCGCAGACUUGGGAUGGAUGGCCGCGCAUACGUUCACUGUUUACGGAUCGCUGGCCAACGGGUGUUCAAUAGUGCUCUUUGAGGGCACACCCAUUCACCCAAACCCGGGCCAUAUCUGGCAUAUAAUAGACAAAUGGAGAGUUAAUAUCUUCAAUACUGCGCCCACUCUUAUCCGUUCGCUCAUGAAGUUUGGCGACCAAUACGUCAAACAAUACUCUCGACAAACACUGAAAGUGUUGGGAACGGCGGGCGAACCCAUCAAUCCUGAGGCGUGGCUCUGGUUCUGGGAAGUGGUCGGCGAUCGUCGGUGUCCU